AUGAAACUGGUUGAGAAGAAGGUAUUGGAAUGGCCACCACUGCUUGAUGUCAGUAUGAAGCGUGAAAUUCAAGACAUGGUUCAUGGUCCCAUCUCACUAUUUCAUCCACUCGACCGAGUUGUAGAUACAAGAGAAUUUCAACGAUUGCGUGAACUAAAACAACAGGGUGUCACUUAUUUUGUAUAUCCAUGUAGUACACAUAGUCGUUUUGUACAUAGCUUAGGAACUUAUUGGUUAGCAUAUAAAUUUGUGGAGUCGCUCAAACGAGAUACUUCUUUGAAUAUCACCAGUCAGGACCAUUUAUGCGUUUGUAUGGCAGCACUCUGUCAUGAUUUAGGACAUGGUCCAUUUUCACAUCUGUUUGAUGGAGCGUUUCGCCAUGCGUCUGGAACUGCAAUUACACCAGAGUACACGCACGAAAAUCUCUCCAUUCGUCUUCUACGUCGAAUUGUGAACACGCCCGAGACUCGUGCAGCAUUAGAAGACUACCUGGGCAUCGGUGAAGAAUUUGAAAGAAACAUGACCUUUGUAGAAGAAAUCAUCAAUUCAGAAAAAUUUGAUUUGGAUGGCAAAUGGUUGCCACGAGGUCGACCAGUAGAGAAAGCUUUUUUAUAUGAUGUGGUCUCAAAUAGCAAUGAUUCGAUAGAUGUAGAUAAAUUCGAAUAUCUUGUAAGAGAUUCCUUCUGUGCUGGGAUACCUAUUCCAUUCAACAAGCACAGCAUUGAACGACUUACUGAGAAUGCGCGAGUUCUUCCCGACCCUAUCCGAGGAUUUCCUCGAAUAUGUUAUGCAAAGAAGGUAGCUGAUAUUCUAUUAUCUGUUGGAGAUUCACGACAGAUGUUGCACAACUUGCUUUAUCAACAUCGGGUUGUGUGCGCCAUUGAAGCCAUGGUUGUGAAAGCAAUGAUCUUGGCUGAUAAACACCUCAAAUAUAUGGGAGAUGAUGGAAUAGAAUAUAAUUUAUCAAAUGUGACUCAAAAUUUAGAAGCAUAUUUGAAGACUACAGAUGCUGUAUUAAGAGAUAUUGCAAAUUCAUCUAACCCUGAAAUUAGUGAGGCGCAAAAAAUUUUGGAAGACAUUGAUCGUAGAAAUAUACCCGUUAUGAUUGCAGAAGUAGAGUGCGGACCAUCCUGUGCUGAGUCGUUUGCCCUGCAGAAGCUGAUUAGUCAAAGGCUCCGAGAAGAGCUUGCUUUGAGCUACGAUGAGAAGAACAUCAUGGUUUUGGCACGAGUGAUGCACCGUGGCUUGGACGGUAGAUCUCAUCCUAUGACCAGAGUUCUGUUAUAUGAUAAUAAGCUCACUGGUAAUGUAGUUGCGCGGACCGUCGAUGACGAGUGGCUCCGUCUGAAAACUCCAAGAGAAGCAGCUAUUUGGUCUAUCUGUUUGUAUGUGUCUCGCUCUAUGAGUAAAGACGAGAGAUCAAUAGUAAUCAAUGCUUUCGACGCUGUAGUGGCGAGAUCCGGUUUACGAUCACCAGAAUUUAAAAGAAAAAAUGCACUAACGCCUAGUGGCUAAACACUCAGGAGGGUCAAUGAUCGAAGCUCAAAAUCAUGGAAAAGAUUCACACAAUUUUUCUUUUUACAACGUGAUCUUAGAAUAUUUACCUG